CAUUUGCCAAGUGUGUGGGUGGGUGCUGCGCCCGCCGCACAUUGACUAGAACUUAAAGCGACUGGCAACCAACACGACCCCGUCCGCCGUCGGCAUCCGCGCCCACCCUCACCUCCUCGCUCGCUGCCCCACUCCGCCACCUGCCUCCACUCCCGCACGCAGCCGGAGCCGGAGAGCAGCUACCUCCAAUACGCGAGCUGCUGCAGCACCCGCCAGGCGCGACAGCAGCAGAGGCGAAUCGCAUUCGCUACCUUGCUUCCUCCCCUCCUGACGUGCCUUGGCCUCCCCGCUUCCCGUUCCCACCGACGACAGGAGCGAGCAGAGGACCGCGAUGCAGCUGCAGGCGCCGCCCUCGUGGGUGCCCGGGCCCGACCCCGCCCGCCCUGCUCCCACCACCUUCGACGAGGCGUCCAUGGAGCGGAGCAAGAGCUUCGUCAAGGCGCUCCAGGAGCUCAAGAACCUGCGCCCACAGCUCUACUCCGCCGCGGAGUACUGCGAGAAGUCGUACCUCCACAGCGAGCAGAAGCAUAUCGUGCUGGACAACUUGAAGGAUUAUGCUGUCAGGGCGCUGGUCAACGCGGUCGACCACCUUGGCACCGUUGCCUACAAAUUGACAGACCUGUAUGAACAACAGGUUUCAGAGGUCUCAACUGUCGAGCUGAAAGUAGCAUCCUUGAACCAGCAAGUCCUGACUUGCCAAACUUACACCGAUAAAGAAGGCCUUAGGCAGCAGCAGAUGAUCGGAAACGCCACAAGACACCACAAACAUUACAUCGUACCAACUGCGGGAAACAAAAGAAUGCAGGCCUUUUCUGAGAUGCAAACAGACGCCGAGUUUGACUUAAAGCCUAAACCUUAUCCCUCAGAGAAGACUCUUUUCUGGCACUUGGCUUCAGAGAAGAACACCAAAACCAAUGGAGAACACCAAUCUGAAUUGGGCCAUGGGGAAACGAAAACUACUAAGCCUACAUCCAGUGGUGGGUUCAACCUUACAGGUAAGGAAUUGUCCGUGUCUCCUUUGCCCAAGCGUCUGCAGUCGAAUGUGAGCAGCUCGGACAUUGUUACGCGUAACAUUGGCAUGAAGGAUCAGCCUGGUGCAAGGCAUUUGGCAUCAUUCAGUUCUCUCGACAACCCAAGAGGGCGUCAAAUCCAAAAGGCUCCCGUCCGCACCAAAAGUAUGCUAGCUGCUUUCUUUGUCAGGCACAGGUCCGGAAAGAUGAAAAACGUCUCUGUUCGUUGAUCAGCUGCAAACCUGUAGUUUGCUCCUGCCCGCCCCACCAUGAAGUACAUGCAACGAACUCAGUCCACAUCUCUUAUAUGACUAUUUGCAUCUUGUAUGUUAGUGUCUAGAGAUAGACCUUAUUUUGAUGCCCUUUUCAUCUAUAAAUUGAUGAAAAAAUUUAUACGGAUAUAGUCAGUCUUAAACCAUCGUGUCUAGUCACUAGGCAGAAGUUUUCAGUAUAAAUGAAUGAGAUGGAAUGCAUAUGGGUAUGUCAAUGCUAAGUUCCUUUCAUUUAUAUAUAGAUCAUAAAGCGUGUCUGUAAAGAAAACAACCGAAGAUUUGUAUCUCCUUGAAUGAAUGUUCACAUGUCUUUUUGCAUGGAAAA